GUACGAUAAAUCAACGGAUAUCUCAGUGAUCCAGAAUCAACGGCUAAAACGUAUGGAAGGAACAAGUCGGUCGACAUCUUUUUCUCAAAGAAAAGGAACAUCAACUUCACAAACAAAGAAGAAACCUCCAGAAGAAAACAAGUAUUGGAGCGUCAUGGUUACUGAUGAGGAACUUAGUGCGAACUCAAAUUCGUCCAGUACCUCACCUGUUUCUUUGCCUUUAGCGAAUUCCAUUUCUUCUCAGCCUUCAGGAUAUAAACAGAAAGGUGAACAACCACGUACUGGAUUAGCCAAAUUAGCGCGAUUUUUAACACCGAAAGAAAGACAGUCAGCUGUGAAGACAAGCCAUAUUACCAAUGACCCGUCACCUCCAGAAGUGACAUGUUUCUCUUGGAAUAGAGGAGCAAGUACUUUGCAGAAAGCCAACAGCAUUGAUAGUAUACUUGGAGUAUGUUGUGACAUCCAAAUCAGGGAUGUUUCUGACACUUCAGUAACUGCUCCUAUGAUUUCCACAUCAGCUCCCACCUGCACAAACUCAACCAGUAGCACUCUUGCCGUCCCGAACAAUAAAGUCACACCCUUGUCCACCAGCAUUCCAUCGAAACUGGAAACCCACAAGAAAGGAAAUAUACCCCCAUCUCCCAGCAUUCCAAACAGACUUGCAAAAGGAAUUACAGGAAUCCGACAAGGCAGUGUGGAUGUGUUUUUGGAAGGACUAGCUCUAGCAAAAGGAGAGAAAAAGCGAUUAGAAAAGAAUAAAUUCAAUAUUGAUCUUCAAGCUCUCUUUGUUGCUGUCGAACAGGAGCACGUUGAGCGUGCUCGAAGUAUUCUCGAGACAACGGAUGUUGACGUCAAUAGUAUCAACGGAGACGGCUUUAACACGCUGGACAUUGCAGUGAUGACCAACUGCGUUCUAAUGGUCAAGAUGUUACAGUAUCAUGGAGGAAAGGAAAGCAAACGAUUCUCCACUAAGGAGAGUCGAGCCAGCCAACUGAUCUCUCUGGUCAAUGAAGCUGAACGUUGUGAAGAGGACUUAUCUGCUUGCGUCUACAACACAACAAUCAGUACCAGCUUAUCCGCCGCCUUAUUAAAGGAAAAAGAACGACAGUUGACCCUAUGGCAAAGACGACUUAACCUUCUGAAAAAAAUGCAAAAUGGUUUUGAACGAAUACGGCCUCCAGAUCCGCCCAAGUACGUGCAAUUGAAAGUAGUCGGCCCUAGAGCGCUGUGCAUUAAUAUUUACGAAUCUGACUCUGCCAAUGAUGCCUACUGUAUUGUAACUAAAUAUAAAGUGGACUGGAGUCGUCAUGAAGAUUUUAGCCUUCUUGCGGGGUCUCAGGACAUCACUGAUCUUCAACGCCUAGAGGUUACCAUCCCCGAUCUAACACGGGGCACAGCGUAUUUUGUCAGAGUGGCCGCAGGGAACGUGAAAGGUUUUAGCUCAUUCCAGGCAGCUUCCCCUAUUUCUGGGGUGCCAUCUAGUUGGAAGGACGUAGAAAAUAAAACCACUCGAGGAAUUGGAAAACUCCAGGAACUAGAAAAUUUAUUUUCCCAGGUUAUUAAAUCUAGACCUGCGUAUGCGUCAGAAGUUAAAGGUAUUUUAGAGCAAGUUACAGACACUCCUCAGCAGCAGCGACGUCAGGUAAAGAGAGGCAUUAGGAACCUCUUUGCAUCGGCUCCUAAAUUCCAGAAAACUCUCAAGAGAGGAGUUUUUCUGGCUUGUCUCUUAUACAACGAUGACAAAGUUUUGGUAACAACGGAAGAAGCAUUGCCUGUUGUUGAAGUGGACGAAACAUAUCCCUCUUCUCUUCACACGGACUUCAACUGGUUGAUGAAGGUCGCCUGUACGUGGGAAGACAUAAAGACACUGCGACAAGACAUGGAGAAGUCGCAGAGUUCCUCUCUUCUACACUUUCGAAGUAAACUUCUCCAAGCAGUUGAGCAGAUGCAGGUAGCGCUGGGUGUUCAAGAUCUAGGUCAGCUUUACUAUAAGCCAAUUAAAGAUCGAGAAAGUACUGUUGUUUUAAGUACUGUAAAAUUUGUUUCGGAUCCCAAAGCACUAAACAGUUUAUCAGUUCGUUGGCUCCCUCUAACAAAAAUCCUGAGAAAGCUUCCAUGUAUAAUUACCAGUGAUUUUGGAGAAACACCACACGUGAGCGAGCUCUUACUGUCAUCGUUACAGGACAUGAUUAGUUACAACCAAAUGAGUACAACGCCGUUACCACGUGGGCUCUACUUAGGCUACGUGAAGUUAAAAAGUUCCGUUGAUGUCAUUCGAGUGUUAGUUCCACAGAAAACGCCAAAUGUUAUUCCUUUUUGGCGAAUUCGAGAGAAUUCUCACGUUUCAAGGGAAGAGUGGGAGUGGCUGAAAGCUCAGGAGUUUGAAGAAUCUACCGCUACGCCAUCUACUGUUCAACUAAAAUUUCAGAAAGCAAUUUCUUUAGCAGCUAGAAACCUGUUUUCCUACUACGACAUUCCGUUUGAAGAAUUAGGUUCACACAGGUUAUACGAUGUUGACGUCAUUGAACUUAGUCCAAAUGUCUCUUUUCUACUUAUUCUCCCUCCUGUUGAGAAUAUCUGUGCUAUACCUGGACAGUAUGAUGACCUGACAUCGCGGAAGGAUUGUAUUCCACUUCCUAUUCAAGUGUUUGAAAUACUUCAUAUGUCAACGUACAGAUUCAAUUUCAUUGCCCAUUAUUCUCGGCUUUCUUCUAUUCUUGAAAUGGAUACCUUAAUGGCCCAGCAUGCACAGCGAGAGGCUUUCUCUUCGCAUGAAGUUAUUUCUGCCAAAGAAAGAUUAUCUCAGCUCCAGAUGUUCCAGACUCAAGUAGACAAUAUCUGGAAAGAGUUACGCUGGAUUAUGGACGUUCUCACGUUCGCUCGAGACAAGCAUUUAAAUGGUGGGAUCCCUCUCAGUCAGAUUUAUCUAUAUCAAAAAGAUUCUCCUUCCCCGCAAAAUUCCCCACAUCAAUCCCCUGUGCAAGAACGCACAAGUUCUCAAUACGAAAGACAAAUAUCAAAAGAAGAAACAAUCCCAAAGUACUCAUUGCGUAUUACAAUGUCCUCUUCUAGUUUUUCUAUUCCCGAACCAAGAGGAUCUGACAUUACAGAAAUCAGACGAACACUUUCAGCAUCCAAACUCUUACACAGUAGUUCAGAAUAUGAAGGUAUGGAUCUUACUCAGAGCGAAACGGCAGUCUUUGGACCAAAGGCUAGUAGUUCUGACUCGCUCAGAGUCAGUUUUAAUGUUGGAAGUAGUGAAAACACGAAAACAUCUAGUAUUACCGAUUCUUCGGGAGUAGAAUUUUCAUCAAAUGAGACAUUUCAAUGCCAAAACGAGGGCAUUUUAUCCUGGGAAAAUAGAUCUAAUCCAAAAGUUUAUGUAAAUGAACUAGAAUCCUUAAAACGUGGAAAUCGCACAAGUUUCCACCAAUUACUGUCUGCGAGAGCUCAAAAGAAGCAUAUUAACAAUUCCAUGAAAAACUUCAGUGUUUUCGCGGAAGUCAAUACGCAGGAUGUACAGAAACAUGCAAAAAGAAACAAACAGACCAAUUCAGCGAGGCAAGAAGAAGAAACUAUGUACACAAGCAUAUCUGAAAAUUCUUUGUCUUCCUUUUCAAACACUCCUGGAGACUCUAGUUCAGACUAAAGUGUUUACAUUUACAUAAACAACAACAAUAAAAAACAAGACCGUUCCGUUGCAGUAGAAUAUGUUUCGACACGAGUAAGAUGUAUAAUUUGGAUGUCAGUGAAAAGGGACAACUCAGUUUUAUUCUGGCGCCCACAUAGUAACAUUUAUUACACACCAAUACAUCUUUUCAUAUUUUGCGCUGGGAUAUGAAAUGUUUAUAUUAUGUGGUAAUCAGUUGAUUUCUGCAUACUUAACACAAACUAUACAUGUUAUGAAUAUUAAUUACUGCAACGGUUUUAUAUAAAAUGCAGCUGGUUAGACAUGACUUUUAAAAUAUAUUCCCCAAAAAAGUGUUAAGUGACUAAUAAAUAUACAUAUUAUGAUAAUGUAUAUAUAUAUAUAUAUAUAUAUAUAUAUAUCUGGCUAUGUCUUAAUCGGCUGUAUAAGUCUUUCUUUGUUGAUUCUGAUAAAGCUAUUUUUAUGAGCGUAAUAUGUGAGCCGUUUGUAUAUGUACAUUAUUGUGAAAUUUGAAGACAAAGUGUAAAUAUAUGAUGAAGAUAUAUUUAGUUUUUGUUCCAACACUGGCUUUAUGCUUCAGUUUGAAAAAUCACCCCUUGUGUGGAACAUGUUAUCAGAUAACAUGCGUAGUAGUAAAUACGUUUGUGACUCUGAAACACGUUCGAAUGUAUAAAUGCUGAGAUUAAAGGCCUAACUAUUGUAGAUCUAAACAGAAAUGUUGUUCUAACCUUUUAUGGACAGUAAUGUUACAAAAUGUAUCAUAUAUACUACAAUAACUUCAAUUUGUGCUGUUGUUUCUUUCGUAAUAGCAAACUGUUUAACACUGCGAUUAAACCAUUCUUUUUGUUUUUCUAAAUAGAAACGUUUAACAACAAACAUUUCUAAGAUCAUUUAGUUGGUUCAUCUAACAUUUUGCGAAUGCUCUGUAAUGCUCUUGCUUAGCAGUUAACACUGUAAAAAUUAACCGCGUAGUGAUUGGCCCAAUUCCAUUUUUAUUAUAUAUAUAUAAUAUACUAGUAGUUUUCCGUAAUUUUUUGAGUAACAUCUGAAUUCAUAUUAAUAGACUUGGAAAAUGUCCUACGUUACAAACCAUACAUUUAACCGAACCCACUCCACAAGAUAUUCUGAGCAUAUAUUCUGGAUCUUGAAGCAUAAUUUCUGCAAAGAAAGAUACAAUGGAACUGAAUUAGAUUUGGACUUUCAUUUAACCGUAGUUUCAAAACAUAACAGCUUUAUUUCAACUUGCAGCAUUGCUUGUUCUCGAUGAAGUACAACUUUCCACCAGUCCGCCACUCCUUUCAAAACCUCAAGUACAAGUAUUUAUACAUUCUAAUACAACAGUGUCCUCUCUUUAUAAAUAUUAAUAUGUAUGUUAGUAUUUGUACAGUAUGUGUAAAAUUAUUAAUUAAUUGAGGCUUCAUUUAAACUCAAAUGGGCCAGGCAUUUUUUAAAUAAUAAAUGUUUACUGGUGUUUGAAAAGUAAUCAUAAUCGAAUCAAGAUUGGCCAUAUCAAAACCAUGAGCUUAUAAAUAACGAAGACCAAACUUAUUAGCCAGCUAUUUAAGAAUUUAACACAAUGACUUCUAUAUUAAAUGCACGUACGGUGUCUGUUUUGUAAUCAUUACUUCUACUAUGUAUGUGUAUUGUGCUAUGUUUUCAGAUGCAAGGCGAGCUAUAUUUUGUGCCUUAUUUGCAGCUUCUAUUAAUAUCGUUAUUAGU